UGGUGGUGAGUGAUGCUUAGUUUAGAUGCUAUGCUAUGCUGUUGUUAGGUAAUUGGCUCGUUUCGCUCGAUACAGUGUCCGAUUGACACAUUUGAGAGUCCUUCCACCGAUUGCCGAGUGCGUGGAGCUUUCUGCGGUGGAUUUGAGGCAGAAGAUUGCUGACCUAGGUUGCGAUUGGCCCUGUCGACGAUGAUUAGAACUUGACGUGCAUAUAUCUGAAAAGAAUCUAAUACUGUCGAUAGGGUGAUUCAAAGUCACCAUGGCGAUUCCCAGCUAUAGCCAAGGGAACUACCACUACGAGUGCUGCUCGCAGAAAUGGGGAAACCUUAGGAAAAAACACCUUGUGGAUAACCGCCUUCUGUGGGUUCUGCUGUUCUGUCUGAAUAAUGCUUUCCUGGUUUGUCUAGUUACUUAGAUGGUGCUGGAUGGAGUUUUGCAACACUCUAUAAGUCUUGAAACUGACAUGUUUGAGAGAAAAUAUAUGCAAAAUGCUGGGAUAAGAAUUUAUAAGUCACCUGAUGUGUGUCCAUGGAGAUGAGCUUCUAUGAUCUCUCAUCAUGCAAAAGCAGCGUGAACUCUGUCCAACGGAUUUCGCAGUGCCCCAAGAAGACCCAUAAAGCCAAAGUAUUCAGAAUAAAGAGACGGGGAAUUUUCACUGCGCCAAUUGUGAGUUUUUUUUUUCAUGCAUAUGUGAUGAAUUUUAAGCCAAGUUCUUGUCUUAUGUAUGCAGGCAUUAAGAAAACAUACUGGAUUACUUGCAAUGUUGACCGCGACGUACAUCAAUUACCUCUGGAUCGGAAAAGAUACCCAAGCAAUUUUGUAGUGAGGCCACAUGAUCUGAACAGAUUGCUUGCAAAUUUUCAGUCAUCUCUUCAGGAAACCACUAUCAUUGCAACUGAGCGCAACUCCGAACCUUCUGAUGCUGCUAGUGAAUUUGGUGGGAAAGCUGUUGAGUCCCGAAGCUACAUUGAUUCUACCAAAGGUAGACAUGAACUUUACUCUUUUCAACCGAACAUGGAGAAGAAUAUCAUGGUUCAGAUUCUGGUUGCAGAGAACGACUCUUUGCUGCACACUCAGCUGUGGAUAGACCCUGCGGAAGAGUUUGUGCAGUAUGCUCAUAGCAGCAACCCAGUAGACGUGACUUUUGCUGUCAAAGAGUUGAAGGCCUAUUUUGAUGGCCCCCAAAAUUCAGCAUUUGAUGAAGGGGCCUCUUCCAAUUUUGAUGCUAUACUCGUACUGGCCACCAUGCUUAUAUCACAAUUACAUGAAGGUAAUACUGGACCUUCGGCAAAUGAAAUGCCGGGCCAGGCUGAUACUGGGGAAGCUUCUGGAGAACAGCCAGAGAGGAAUAGAACAAGUGCUUCCGAGAUUCCAUCUAAUCAUACCAGAAUAUGGUCUGAACUCUCGGGAAGUGCUGCGAAAAAUGGUGGUGGUUCUGAUGGAAGGCGAGUUCCAGACGAAAGGAUCUUAAAAGCCGGUGGUCAGUCGAGAAUCGAAAGGAUUAGCACCAUUCAAUUAUCAGAAGCUACAUCAUCUGAAGGAAACAUCCAAACUGAUGGACAUGGUUUUUCACAACGUCAUCCAAGUAAUUGGGUUGAGGCCAAUGAAGAUGAGGAUGAUGAUAACAAGGAUGGUGAUGAACUCUGUGUUCGAUCAACCCACCAUAGUUUGAAGAUCAACAGCAUUAUGUUUCCUGUUUAACUAUGAUAACCUUGCUCUCUGAGUUUUACGGUAUUAAGUUGAUGUGCUUUGCUGGGUGAGGUAUCGGUAUAGGUAUGUUUCUGCACUUUUAUUCUGUCACAACUCGUUCCUGGCUUCCUGCCAAGAAAAAAAGAGCAGUGCCGAUAGAUCCUACAAGAGUCACUUGCUUUAUGGACAGAACCUGCAGUUUAGAACUAUUGGAGAAUGGAGAUGGUGUUGAAAUUGCUUGUAGUUUUUUCAUUUGUACUAACCCAAAUAGAUCCCUUGCCGUAAAAAGCUUUUCUGUUUUGUCUUUUGGAAACCAUUUUAAGUUAAUCGGUGUAUAUUAAAAAGGAAGGGGUCAAAAGGUUUUUGAGAUGUUCAUUUCCUAAAAUCACAUUCUAGAAUGAUUACGUCAUUUUCAAACUCCAAUCAAUUCAGUUUAACUUUUCCUUGUCAGUUGUUUCCAUUAUCUAUACUCAUCGGUGGCAAAUUUCUGGUGUUCUAAUUUGUGUUAAUAUUUUCUGCUGAGGUAAUUUGUGACAGUGUCAAGGUAUCAAAAAAAUUACUUAAAGCUCGGAUAAGCAGUUUGUUCCGCAGGAUAAGUCCAUGUAAAUUUCAGGACACGCAAGUCCUUGUGUCUGACUUUGUCCUCACACAUUUUGGAUCUUGGCAUCAUGUCAUUUUAUGUUGCAUUUGUCACCUCCACCUACGGUCAUUUAUCCGCGGACUUCAACCUUCAAGGCAAAUGUCUUGAUGUCUGUUCAGUUUUAUUCUGUCCCAUAUGCACAUGAAAUCCGACAUCUAUCGUUUCAUG